AUGCCUCGUGCAUCCAUCCAGAUGACGUACUCCGCCUUUGGACCGACAGUACCGUUGAAAGAAGCCCAGAAAAUAGAGAAAGAAACUGCUGAUUACUUACUCAACUCACGAAAACUCUCGUUGAUAGUUGAUCUUGAUCAGACAGCAAUUCAUGCGACUCUUGAUUCCACUGUUGGCGAAUGGAUUGCCGAAGACGAAGCUUGGAAAGAAAAGAAAGUAAUGAAAAUGAAACCACCGGAACGGGCUGAAGAAGGCGAGGAUGUUUCAGAUGAGAUAGCGUCAGAGUCAGAGAUGGCAUGA